AUUGUUCUUGACUUGAGUUAUUCCACCGACCGUCAGUUUGUGGUACCUGUGACCAACCUGUGACCGAUAUGAUUGGCGGAAUUGACUAUUAUUAGUAAGUGACAUGACAGGUUGUGACAGGGGCCGUCAGUCAAAAGCAAAGCAGCCCAAAAUCUUUAAAAAACACUGCAAUAAGUGUUGUGUUGUGGUUAAUAUUUGUGUGAUUCCUAAAACUAAACUGAAUGAAAUGAAGAAUAGUGUAACAGAAAAUACAUUAUUUACUUAAUAAAGUAACAUUUCCUUCAAGCAGCAAGAUGUCUUCGAAUCCACGAAGUGAUACACUAGACUUUAGCAGUCUCUUCAAAUUGGAUGCUUUGGCUCAUCUCGACGUCACAGCUUAUAGCUUCUACGAAGUUGGCUUGAAAAAGUUUCUAGUGUUAUCCAGCGAAAAGAAGUUGAUAUUCAUUUACAUUGACCCACAAAGUGAGCAGUCAGAGUUAUCUUUUGACUGGGAUAAUCAACCAAUUCACUGCAUAUGCUUUGAGCCCAGUGGCACCUGGGCACUUUGCGUCACAGAAGGAGAGACAUAUCUCUUGCCCUUCUUGCCUCUCUUUUGGCCAGGCAAUACUUUUGACCAGAAAUGGUCUCAUACGGACCGCACAGUUUUGUCCAUACCCAAUCUUUGUAAACCAACCACUGUGGUAUGGUGGCUCACCAAAGAAUCAGACAAUAUACUGAUAAUAGGAUCUAAGAUUGGUAUAAUAACAUUUUAUUCUCUUGAAACUCAAAGUGUUGUUGGGGAAAGCAAAGUUUCAGAUGAAAUAAAAGACUUGCAAAUAUGCUUUGAUGAUUCUUUGGAUCUACUGACACUACUGAUUACGGGCAUCAAGUCACAACAAUGGAAGUUAGUCCUGGAGCACAGAUCAUUCGGCUACAACUGGCUGCAUCAGCAGACAAAAGCCGACUUCAGCAGGCGAGAUGGCUUCAUGUCUUACAUCAAACAACUCUCAAAAGACAAAAUUACACUUUUCACACAAGGAUCUUCAAAAGAUAAUAAGCAGUCAGUGGAAUAUGUGUUAAAGCCAACAGAAUAUCUGCCAAACUUCCGAAAGGGAUCAAACAACUGGGCCUUGACUUCUCAGUAUGUGAAUGGAAGACACUUUCUCACGGCAUUGGAGACUAAUGAAGGCACUUUAAUUUUGGAGAGUCCUGAACAAGACGUGCCAUCGCGUACGCUACGCCCCAUAAUACCCAAGGACGCAGGAUAUGAGCAAGGUCUCUGGUCUCCACGGGUCAUUUACCUAGCAAAGAAGUCUGUCAUAGAAGUUCACAGCUCAUCAUUCUCAGUUAUCCAGGGCGACGGCCUGCUAGGCACUCGAGAGCAAACCCUCCUAUGGAGCGCCGAGUUACCUGGUUCCAUAAUGCACAUAUACACGGUGUGGCCGCGACAGCAGCCCGCGGCGGGCGGCGGCUGGCGCGAGCCCACCUUCAUGUGCGACCUGCAGCUGCCGCGGCUCGCUCUGCACCAGUGCCUCGUUGUUACUACUGAAGGCGCCUAUAAGCUGACUACGCUCUCAGACCCGUCGGAAUGGCUAGUCAGCAUGAUAAUGCGCGGCGGCGCGGGCGCGGAGCAGUCAGCAGCGGCGCUGGGCGCGCCCGUCCCGUUACUACUAGCAGCCGCCGCCGACAUGUUGCUGGCGCGGGGCAAGCCGCAGCCCGCCCAGUACCUCUACCAGCUGUCCAAGUGCAACCGCGACGGCUGGGCGGCGCGCCUGGGCGUAUUCGGGCGCUUACAAGAACUCGCUAACUACAAGCAAUGUGCCGGCGCGGAGUGUGCUCUAGGAAAUGCAGCCGUCACUAUCAAACUACUGGCCAGUCUGUUGAAGACGGCUAACAAUGUGGAGGAGAAGUUUGAUACGAGCGUCAAACUGACUGAACUAACUUCAGUGGAGCUAGAGGAGCUGUGUUCAGUGGCCGCCGCAAUCGGCUUGUGGGACCUUGUCCCAACAUUCAGCGUCCACCGCGGCAACCCGAGUGUGCUCCUUAAAGCUAUGGAGUCAAGGUCGAAACUCUGUCGGGGCGCUUUCAACUGUCUUUUGAGGCAACGCAGCGUGGUUCCAUUGCUUUUGGAAGAAGACGGGCAGUGGUUAUUGGAUUUUAUAACGGAGAACUGUAAAACUUUUGAUCUUAAAAUUUUGAAGUGUCUGUGCAUAUGGCUGUGUCCUUUACAAGAGCAGCUUAGCCCAGUACUGCGCGACUUGAAGCAGGGAAUCGCGACCACUUAUACACCAAGAAUGCAAGAGCUAAUAUCAACCUUCAUGCAUGUAGCCUGUGCAGCGGCCUCACACAUGCCAACUACAGAAAUAAACGCAGAAGUGACAGAACAUACAGAGACAUGGACCAAUCAGUUUCAACCGCGCAGAGCGUUGAGUUGCGGGCUCGCGCACUGGGCCGUGGUCGAUGAUGGAAGCGCAAAGAUAAUGCUGGCUGAUACUCCGAUUGAUACGGAUCUGAUUGGAAGAGUUAUUAGCGUGGCUUGCGGGAGACAUCAUACGCUUGUGCUCACUGAGAAUGGGAUAUACUCAGCCGGCGACAACUCAUACGGCCAGCUCGGCGUCGGGUCCGCCUGGGCGGGCGGCGUGGGCGACACGGCCUCCGCCCACGGCGCGCUGCGGGCCGUGCCGGGCGCGUGGCGCCGCGUCGCCGCCGCCGCCGCCGGCCACUACCACUCCGCCGCCGUCGACCAGGGCGGCCUGCUGUACACGUGGGGAUGGGGCGUCCACGGCCAGCUGGGACUCGGUACGAUCGAUGAUGAGUGGACUCCACAACUAGUCACGAGGUUACAAGGAAGGAAGGUGCUCCAAGUAGGAUGCGGCGCAUGUCACACAGCCGUCCUGGUAAUGAACGGGUCAGUAUUCGGGUUCGGCGCGUCGGUGUUCGGGCAGCUGGGCCUCGGACGCCGGGACAAGAGCUGCGUGCCGCUGCCGGUGACGCUGCCUGACGGCGUCGCCAGCAUCGCCGUCGGGUACUUCCAUAAUUUGGCGCUAACCUCAAAAGGCCAGCUAUACGUGUGGGGCGGUUCCCCCCAGAACAUCCGGGCGGCGAACGCGCGGCGCUCCCCGCCCGCCGACAGCUCCCCGUGCGACCCGCAUCUGCUGCCCAGACUAGUGGAUACUAGCAACGUGCAGGGGACUAUUGUGCAGAUGUCAGCCGGCUGGCACCACUCCUGUAUCAUCAACAACGCUGGGACCCUUUACUCCUGGGGAUUGAACUUCGACGGACAACUCGGAAUGGGUGAUCGCAAACUGGUCCACGAUCCGACAGAAGUGCGCAUGGCCAAAGACACUCCCGUAGACAGCGAGCCGAGCAAGAAUCGCUCUUCGCCCAGUAACAACAAGGCUGAGAGUGCUAAGACACCGGAUGCCGAUAUUGGGGAUAAACAAACUAAAGCUCUGGUCUCGUGUGGAGGAGACUUUACGAUUUAUAUCGAUGACGAUGGCCGGGUGUUUGCCGCUGGAAACUCUCAUAUUGAGAUAAAGAAAGAACCAUCAAAACUACAAGACAGAGUGAUCAUGAUGAAGACGACAAAACGAGUGAUCAAGAUCCCGGCGAGCCGUAGCAACAACAAGUUCCUUUGUUUCUCCCCCAUAGACCGCGUAGACAUAAUGUUCCCAUUCAACUUGGACAAUAUGCACCGCGCCCCGAUCAAACCACUACAGAACCCACUCACAUCGCUCGCAGACUUUAAGAGAAACAGCUGGCCCGACGAAAUAAUACACGCUCUACAACCCUGGAUAAAAGAAGACAGCUUGACCAACAACUACAAUAUGGCCGCAAAAUUAGCAUAUAGAAACAAGAAAUACUCGGACUGUCUCAAAUAUUUACUUGAUAACCUUAUCAAAGCAACUCAUAAGAAUGAUUUAUAUCUCGCUCACACCCAGCUUGAUGUAGAUUCAAAGGAAGAAUCAAUGAAAAGAGAUGAGCGCAAAAUCGCCGUCACAAAUGUAAUGUCGAAACGAAUCAAGGAAAUAUCCCUUGCAAUACUCAAUGAGCAGGAAUUUCCAGUCAUCACUCCAGCGACUUACAAACAACUGCCUUGUUGUUGUGACGAGGUCAAGUGCCUGCCAAUGAAACCCAUCGAUACACCAACAGAUAACAAUGACGCAGACAAAGAUGUAUCGAUUGAAGCAGCAGAAAUAAUCGAUAAAUGCAUGAACUUGUUCCCGGUCGAUUCAGUAUUGUGGGAAUUCUGCUUCCGAUACGCAAAGAACUUUUACUUGGAUAAUAACCUGUCUAUUACAGAGUUAGAGUCAGUUUUGCAGAAGUGCAUGAAGAGAAAUGUAUCGGCUAUGGCAGCGGCGAUUAUGUACUCAGACGAUUGUGCGCAAUACGACAAGAUAUUGUCUCCUAAAUUUUUCCUGAACAUGAGCAGUGAAAUUAUGGACACAUGGGGAUAAGUGUGAACACUGAAGUUUUAAAUUGGCGUACAAAAUAUUCUGUCGUAAGUUAUGCAGACAUGGAUGUGUCCGUAAUUUCGAUAAUUUAUCAGAAAAAGGACGCGAACGCAAUGAGUGUCUUAGAGAGUUUGACUGUCUGGUCUGUUUAUGUGAAACAGAUAAAUGAACGUUGAAUAAAGUUGAUAUUGUAUUGAACAUAUCGAAAGAGCUGUCCGUAAAGUAAAUAUACCAUUGUAAAGGUAUUAUUUAAUUGGCCUAUGUAGGUUGUGUAUCCAGGAAAGUUAUACAUUGUGUAUUGAAUGUACCUUUAUUUUAGUGUUAUAUUUGUGGUUGCUAACUUGACAAAAUAGACCACAAUUUUUGCUGUGCAAUAGUAUUCACAAAGACCGACAUCACAUUGUCAGUUAAGAUAAGGUAGUUGUUAGUAUUUUAUUCGUCCGCUACUUGUGAGUGAUAUAGCUACUUGUAAUUUUACACCAAUAGCCAUUUUCAGCCGCCUAUGCAACACACAAUUAAUUAUAUUACAAUGUUUUUGUCAGUGUUUUUCAAUCUACAUACGUAUAUUUUGAUAUCGUGAAUCGUGAUCCAUAUACUGGUUAGAAAAAUAAUGGACAUAAUGAAAAACACUAGUUUAGGAAAACCAUAUGAGAUUUUUUUUGUGCCAUAAUCUUUGUUUCUAGAUAAAAUUAGCCAUUACGUGAAAAAAAUGGGACGGUAAAAAUCAAUUACAGGGAGAUUCAAGUUCAUUUACAGCUUAUAGAAAGCUUAAACUUAACUAUUUAGAUAAAGCUCUCUUAUCUACGUGCUUCUACCUUCUAUAGAGGUAUUGAAUAAAGCUUAUUGUGUUUUUGAAUAGGUUUGUAUUCUUUUACUUUGAUCUAGAACAAAUGUAAAAACAAUAAUUUAGUAUUAGCUCUUACUUAAUUUAAUUGUUUUACACCGUGUUAAUAUUGAUUCUAUAGUAAUGUUGUGUAUAGCUCUUUUUAUUAUUAAUUUGAGCUAUUAUUUCUAGUCAUUAUGUUUGUAUUUGUAUACUGUUAUACAUUUAUGUUAGUUUUUGACGCGGAUUGUUAUGUAUUGCAAAUAAAAUAUCGCUUUUACUAAUA